AUGCAUGCUCGACUGGACCGUGCCCAGCAGGUCCGACUACUGGGCGGCGACCUCAGCGACCUCCAGGCCGUCUUUCGCCGUUCCAUGCUGCUACAGUUGAGUCGACGGAAUCAGUAUCACGGUGCGUCAGACUAAGAAGGCAGUUAGGACGGUACUUAUGUAGCUGGUAGAUAUCAUAGUUAGUGGGUUCAAGCAUUUCUUUUGUCGACACGGCUUUAAAAAUUCUUAGCAUCAGAUUGUGGCUUUUAAAUUUUAAGUUUUUAACAAAGGCUGAAAAUAUUUUUUUUUCUAAAAUUUUAGGCACAAAGUCGGGUAGAUAACUUAAUUUCAUCUUUUUUACUAAAACUGUUACUUAAAUACUUCUUGCUUACCUAUUUUAAUAUAAUGAACUUCUUGAAGUUUUCAAAUUUCAAAUACAGUACUUUCAAAUAAAGUAAUUUUCAAUAAUUGGAUCUAGUCGAUUAUAUUUUAGGUCGACAAGAACAUACAGAACCUACCGUGCUAGUGACGACACAUCGUCGUUUCUCACAGCACAGCCAGCAUCAGCCCGUGCACAGUUCGCAUGAUCCGGCGCUCCUGAUUGAGACUCCGAUCACUCGACAUCGCCGCGGCUCUCAGGACUCUCAGCUAGCCGAUGCGGAAGUGUGCGAGACGCUGAGAAGUCAACGUUGUCGAACCGCGUCCGAAGACAUGGCUGAUGAAGACGUGCUAUUGGACGAGGAUUGCGGUGCAAAUGAGGAUUUCGAGAAUAAUGAGGGCGGGCGAGGCGUGCAUUCCGGACGUCGGCCUUCGCCGGAUACUCCCAGUCCAGAGGUGGUACGCGGCUUCAAGAUGGCUGCUCCCAACAAGACCCAGGUCCUCAACUACAUCGCCACCACCAAGACGUUGUGCAUUCGGAGAGCGGGCACUGAGUUGCAGGUAUCUAUCUAUUCUUUUGAUUUCAUGUCAGGGCUUUGUUGGGUUACUUUGAAUUAUAACUGAUUGAUCAAUGCUAGAGCGGUGAUUAUAAUAUAUCAUAUUUGAUAGGAAGUAAUUAUCAUGUUUUACGAUAACUUUGGUCAUAAUAUUUAAAACUGUUAUCGUUAUGAUUAAUAUUAUUGACCUCUUAUUUUUAUAGUAUUCUACAUCAAUAUAUUCGUAACUACAGUGUAUGUAGAAUAACAUACCUUAAAAAUCACGUUAUUAAAAACACUGAGUUAUAUUGUUUUAGGUAACAGACUCCACCGGCUUCCCGUUGUUGGACGUGUGGCAGAAGACGAGUUGCUUCUCCAGCACUUGGGUGUUGGAAUCCUACGGUCGUACGGUGUUAUUGUUGACGGAUUCGGGGCGAUCGUGGAAGCCGUGGAACUUUAAUCAGCCCAAAUCGAAUUUUCUCGAAGUGACGGACGAGGAAGACGAAGUGGUGGGCUACUUCCAAGUCGGUCAGUGUUUCAAGUUUAAUGUUAUAUUGCAAUUGGGGGGCUUCUGAUGCAAUCGUGUAGUUAGUCACCUUAGGUGAUAUGAUGUAACAGAGAGAGGCUGCUGAAAUCUGUCACACUUUUUCAUCAUUUCUAUUUUGUUUUGCUAUCAUUUAGAGAUAUUACAGUAUAAUGUAUUGAGUUGGAUGAAGACAAAUAGAUUCAGAAUUAUAAAGCUUGUCGAACCCGUUGUGUCAUUAUAAAACCGUGUUUACAGGCGAGCCAUUCGUGGUGCAAAACAAGGACCGUACUCCCAUAGCACGGUUCGUGGGCUACGAGAGCGGAGAUGGGAGGCAAGUGAACAUGGCCAAAUUAAUUACAUUUUCAGGACAAUUCUCUUCCAAUGUGUCUUGGAAUGCAGCGGCGAGGAAGUGGGCCGGCUGGAGCCGCGCAAGGCCCAGCUGUCCCAGCUUCGCUUCACUCAGCUAGCCAUCAGCUUCCAGCUCAAGCUUCUGAUUGUCGCGGCCGCUAUUCGGAUUGCCGCAAUUCCCUCGGCCGGCUGUGUCGCCAAUCCCCCCAAACGGGUAAAGAAGCGGAACAAGAAAGGAGUCUGCUGUUCGAUAGUGUAA